AUGAAGGAAUUAUAUGAGAAAUUCUUAAAUCUGUGCUACUACCUGCGCUUAAUCCCAUUUCGUAUAAAACUUAAGCUCGUAGGCAAAGAUAAAUUUGGAGAUUCAGUUUAUCAGUGCAAGGUUGUCCCUGUAUCACGACUCCACGCCACCAUAAACAGCAGUCUUUUUGCCGUGUAUCUUUUACAAAGCAUAUUCCAAAUUCAGGGUGCUUAUUGGGGAAAGAUUAUUUUGCACCCUUCCAUUUUGUUCCUAAUGUGGGAAAAAGUGUAUGAAUGUUUCAUGUUGGCAUUAUUCUGGAGAGCGACAUUUUGGAACAGGAAGAUUCAACCAGUUUUAUGCAAAAUUUUAGAAUAUCAACCAAAGCGGAAAACUUCUCAAGAAGAGAAUUUGAUACGAAGUUCGGUGGUAACAAUACUUCUCCUCAUUUUCGGUGUAAUUAUUCCGGUUGCGAUUGAACUUGCCGAAAUAUUUAAUGUGGAUGGUCCAGAUCGAGCAGAUAACUACACGGCUAACUUUAGACUUUCAUCGGCACAAGUUUUAUUUGAUCUUUUAUUAGUUCGUAAUCACACUCAUAUUUCAGAGGAGGACUUUACCCCGACAUAUUUUACAAUUUCCGUUGUCUACAUGAUACUACGCACGUGGGGUCGAGUACUUCUCGGCAUGGCGAAUAUGUUAUCUUUGACAACAGCGAUAACAUGCUUAUUUGAGGUUAAACAAACGUACAAUUAUUCAGUUACGACAAACUUCACGAAUAAAAUGAUUAUUGAAAAAUACCUCGGCUUAUCCGAAUUUGUUAAGUGCAUGAACAAAGUAAAUCGAUCAAUUCUCUUGUGCCUCAUAUCUGCCAGUGUUCCUUUAAUGGUGUUACGAGUCAUCCAUGCUUGGGAUACGAGUCAAGUGUUUCUAAAGGCGAGUUUCUUCGUACAAUUAGUGCAAUUGGUCGGAAUUUUAUUUAUUUCUGCAGAAGUCGGUGAUAAGGGUACCCUAUUAAAGACGAAAAUGUUGGAAUUGUGUAAAGACGAGGAAUUGAAAUGCUGGUCGGAUAAAAUAUUUCGAUCUGAACUUGACAUUGAAGCGGACAGAUUUGUAAAUAUUUCAUACUCUUUCGUGGGAUCGUUAUUCAGUGCCUAUUUGGCCUAUGCCAUUAUGCUCUUGCAAAUCAACCCAUGUCAUAGUUGGAAUUGAAGAGGAUCGAACGGGAGACUUGGGACUGCUUAUUAAAUAAAUCAUUAUUUAAUAAGGUCAAUUUAUCUACAUGUCGGUUUGCUGCAUAACUUAUUCACCUAAAUCCGGUCACAAUAAUUUAGAUAGUAAAAACUCAUUUAGUCUAUAAGCAAUCCUUCAGUAUAGUUGAUACAGUUUAAUGGUCGAGAUUUGAUUUAUAAAUACUGUACAAUCACCGAAAUCCAAUCAUAAACUGGGUCAAUAAUUUAAGCAGAUUUAGGAUUACGAUUACUUAUGUAUACAUACAAGAAUUUUAAUACCCAAAAUUGUAUUUGACAUGGGCAUACAUUUCUUGUAGAAUACUUAUGUAAGCCAAGUAAUAUCAAUAAUCAAAAAGUAGAGCAACAAAGAUAAUAAUAAAAAAAAUGUCAAUAUGAACCUGCC